AUGUCCUCCCUUGUAGGAGGUUCUGUCAUUCUGUACCCCGUCGCUGGAAGGAGGAGUAGCAGUAAAAACAACGCUGCUGAAGAGUCAAGCCACGCAAAGCCAGGUUUAUUUGUUGUAUUAAAUGUACUUGCGGUUGGGGCUGUUUGGGUGGAUAAAUUUUUGAUCUGA